UUUAAUGGCUUUAGCUCGAGGACUUGUUUCAAACAUCGCGUUUGAACAAGCGAUCGGAAAUUUUGCAUUCUCUUUGUAUAAUAAGGUACCAAAAGACGGUAAUGAAGUAUUAUCACCAUACAGUAUCACCACCGCUCUGCUCAUGCUCAUGCUGGGUACGGAUGGGACGACCAAAAAUCAAAUGAUGUCAUCUAUGUACUUGCAUACUUUGCCUACGAACGUGCAUUUUAAUUACAAACGACUCGAAUUAAAGCUGACCAGGAAAGCAAAAAAAGGUGCAUCGCUUUUGGUAGCUAACAGAUUAUACGGAAGUAAUGCUUUUUCUUCUUACAAAGAUAAGGUCCGGCGUUAUUAUGGAAGUGCGAUGAAACUAAUGGACUUUACAGGACAGCGAGAAAAAUCGAGGAAAAGUAUAAAUGAUUGGAUUGCAGGAAAAACCAAUAACAAAAUUAAAAAUGUGAUUAAAAAGAAAAUGAUAGACGCCAGCACAGCUUUAGUUUUGGUUAAUGCUAUUUAUUUUAAAGGAUCAUGGGACGCUAAAUUUGACCAGACAAAAACUAAAAGGGAAACAUUUCGCGUCAGCCAGCACGUACGAAAACAAGUUUAUAUGAUGAAUGCCAUUUAUAACGUGAAGUCUGGGCGAAAUACUGCAUUGAACUGUAAAAUUCUUCAGCUGCAUUAUAGCGGAAAGAGAUUGUCUAUGAUAUUUAUUCUUCCAAAUGAUGCAAAUGGACUCAAGAAACUUGAAUCUAAACUAUCUUUGAAUACUUUCAAAAACAUUCUUGGUGGACUACGUACACAAAAGACUGUUAUCAAAGUACCAAAGUUCAAAAUAGAGACCGGGUACGAUUUGAUUCCAAUACUUAAGGCUCGUGGUAUGACCAACAUAUUCAAUCGGCGAUUAGCAAAUUUCAAGAACAUGGCUAACGUUAACCGGUCUCUUUACGUCAGCACUGCUGUCCACAAAGCAUUUAUAGAGGUUAACGAAGAAGGGACCGAGGCACCAAGAAGCACAGUUGUGUUACCAAAAAGGGGUGGUAAGAAAGACUUUUUCCAAUUUACAGCGAAUCAUCCAUUUAUUUUUGCGAUUCGUGAUAAUUUAACUGGAACAAUUAUAUUCAUGGGACGUGUUGUCAACCCCUGAUAAAAAAGCCUAAUGAUAUAGAAGAUGCAUUUCAUUUUUGCUGACUUGUUUUGUUUGUCAGUUUUGUUUCCUUUUUUAUAUUAUUUUUAACCAUACACCUUUUAUAAAAUGCUGAUUUUUUUUUUUAUAUUUACAAAAGAAGAUACGAAUAACAAGUAUUGUUUUGUUACUAUUUCAAAAGAUCAACCGAAAUAAGCAAUUUAGAGCCAAAAGAAUUAUCGUCCUUGUAUAAAACACAUAAUUUCAACGUUAUUUUAUAUGAGCUUAGAAGAAAAAAAAUAAACUUACCGUGUAAAAGAAACAGUGAAUGACGUCAUUAUCACGAGAACAAUUCAUUAACGGGACGUAUCGCAAGCAAACCAUCUCACACAUAGGAUAUUAUAUAAAUUACAGAAGGAGUUUUGUAUUCUACGGUUCACAUGACUGCAUGGUUAGUAAAAUUAUCAUCCAUUAUGCUAAACAAAUACAACCGAUUCGCAAGAUGUAUAUACUACUUGUCGUAAUACAUCAUGCACUGUUUACAACCCUAGAUGAUGGCAACUAGGAAAGACAUUAUUCGACUAACGAAAGCUAUAUCUAAUGUUGCCUAGAUCGCCGAGUGGUCUCGGGCGCUAGACAGAGUUCAGGCAGUGGUGGCACGAUUUCACGAAAGCAGGGGUUCAAACCCCGCUGAGGGAAGAACAAAAAAUUGCUAAAUUAAGUUUGUAAAUCUAACAUUAUUAGACUAAAUUUCAGAAGAAUAUUUAUUAUAUUAUAUUAUAUUAUAUUAUUUGCAAUAUGACAUAUGCUUAUCACUGGAAAAUGUUGAUUUACUUUUGAGGAUGUAUAUCAAUCGUUUCAGGAAAAUUUCACAGGAAAAGUAUCUUCUCGGGUAUACAUUAAAUUUAUCAUCAUACAGUUAAUACGUAAAUAAUCUUUGAAAGAAGGUCAUUCGAUCAUUGUCAGUUACAUGUUUAUAGAUAUUGUACAGUAAUUACUUGAUUCAAAUACGCGACUUAAAAAGAGGUCCGACAAGUAACAAAAUAUUUUAGUAUUUUUAUGAAGCUUUGUGUGCUCUAACGGACUCGUGAACUUGUUUGGACUUUUCGAAGAAACAAAUUAUUCUCUUUUCUACGUUUUUUUCUUUUUUUUUGUUUUUUUUUGUUUGAGAUUUUGAGAAUUCAGUAUGAUGGCAGAUGUUUGAAACUUUAUUUCUAAUGUAUUCAAAAAAUGAAAACGGUCAAAAGACAAACAACAGUUUACAAAACACAACAUAGAAACCUAUUGACCAAGCAACACGAAUCCUACCGAAAACCGGGUUUGAUCUCGGGUGCUUAGACAGGGUAAAUAGACCCUGAUCCACAUAUGACUGCAUGUCGCCGUUUAGGUUUAUGGUUGAGUUUCUGUUUCAUGGUACCCAAUAUCUUCUUUUAAAUAUUUAUGCUUAUAUUCAAUGUAGAUAAAUUAACAAUAAGUAUGAUAAAUAUGUAUUGUCAAUAAAGGAUGGAAGAUAGUGAAAUGUGGAUUGGCAUCAUUACAAUUGACUGUGUGUCCAUGCAAGGAGCCACUGUGGUAUUGUUGUGAUACUUCAUUUUAGUUCAAAGAACGUCACACUGCCCUACACGAAGAAUUGGUUAAUAACGUUUCCAUUCUAAACCAUAACUGUGGUUCUUUUUAAACCACUGUUACUUUAGAAAUUUAUGACGAUAGCAAUCAUAUUUUCCUUUGUUGUCGACCUUUCUUGCAGAUACUGAAAUCCUGUUGAAUAAAAAUGAUGGAAGCAUAAAUUACAUAUUACAUUUUCAAUUUCGAAGUACCCUUGUUUUUACCAGUUAUACCUUAUUUUACGGUUAUCAUUUUACUCAUUGUUG